AUGUGGGUGCCGGCUUUGGCCGAGCAACCCCCUGUGACCCUCCAACACCACAACCUCUGCAGCCACGCCAUCCUCCUGGCUGGGAAGAUCCGCUCCAACGUGGCCAGCCUCCUGGAGUCCUACGUGGAGAGGCAGGAGCUAGACAGGACCAUCAGCCUGGACUCGGUAGAGGGUGUGCCAGGUCCGGCCAUGGAGCAAGGGAGCGAGCUGACGGUGGCUGCGCGGUUGGGCGCCAACCUGCAGGCCUACCGGGCAUUCCAGACAUUGCUGGGUGAGGUCCUGGAAGAGCAGAAGUUUCACCUGACCCCGCUGGGCACGGACUUCCACGCCUCCAUCCAGUCCAUCCUGCUGCAGGUGGCGGCCCUGGCCUACCAGCUGGAGGAGCUGCUGGCGCUGCUGGGUCACGGCAGGCCAGCCUGGGAGGCAGCCGGCCUAGGCCAUCGCAGCUUGUUUGAGAUGAAGCUGCGGGGGCUGAAGGUGCUGCAGGAGCUGGCUCACUGGACUGCGCGGUCCGUGCGAGACCUGCGCCUGGUUGCCAAGCACAGCCAGGGCUCUGGCACUGCCCAUGGGAACCAGUCCCAGAAGGAAUGAGGCUGUCUGCCUCCCUGCCACUGGGGUAGAUGGGGCCUCCCCAUCCCCCCUCCCUUCAGCAAGCUAAGAGCUGGUUUGGCGGGGGGGAGGGGUGCCCUGCCACCCAAGGGCCAAGUCUAGACUCUGGCAUCCUGCUCAGCCUCCUCGACAGCGUGGCCAGCUGGGCCAUAGGCGGAACCUAUUCCCAAACCAGCCCUGCUGGCUCUGCAAGCCAGCUGGCUCUUUGUGGGGGGGGGGGGGCACCAAGUGGGCACUGGCCAGUGCCAAAGGGCUAAUGG